ACGGGUACACGUGCAUCCACCUAGCGUGCAACUUACCUACGCGUCCGCGUCUUCCCUCCCCUCGCGCGUGUGUAAGAGAAAGAGUGCGAGUGGAUCAUUGGUGCGUGUCACAACUUUUGAUGGAUUAGCCCACAUUUAAGUCCUCAGGUGCGGCUCACUUUACUCAGUGAACUGAAAAGUGCACAUCUCUACGAACCGUCUUUUGCAUCUUGUGAAAGCUGCGUGGAAACGCAAAGACAUCAUGCGCUCUCCUUCAUUUUCGUGGGUGUCCCUAUGUUCCGGAGGGGGCCACAUCGGGUUGGUCUCUGCGCUCGUAUCCGCGCUGGUGAUGCUGGCGGCUGCAGCAUCCACAGGUUGUCCCUCGUGCGCUCUGCCGGCGAUGGAAAAGCGCGCGGAGGAGAGAUACUUGAUCGAGAUCGCCAAACAACAGAUCCUGAACAAACUUAAUCUGCGCGAGAGACCCAAUAUCACGCAACCUGUGCCGCGCGCCGCGCUCAUGACGGCGCUGCGCAAGUUACACGCGGGGCGCGUGAGGCAGGACGGAACUCUCGAACUGGACAAUAAUUUUAACCCGCUCGUGGCUAACCAGGCGUACGAGAUAGUCAGUUUUGCUGAUGUGGAGGAUGAAGUCUCCCCUGGUUUCAGCAACCAUCUUUCGUUCCAGUUCCUUCAGGAGAAAGGUCACAGUGUGCAAGUCCUCCAGUCGUCCCUGUGGCUGUACGUGCAGCCGGCCGAGGGUUCGCACAACGGCGGGCACGUGACGGCCGAAAUCCACAUGUCGGGGAUUGGCGAUGGCAAUCGCACGCUGCUGGUUCAAAGGAGCCUGGAGGCCGAGCGGGGUGGGUGGCACACCUUCCCUGUUACCGGCGCCCUGCAGUCCUUUCUGGACGGGGACCAGCGGAGUCUCCGCCUGGAGGUGCAGUGCGAGAAGGAAGGACGCAACCUGUGCGGCCACGACGCCUCCGCAGACUCUUCCCAUCAGCCGUUUCUAGUCGCCCAAGUGCGGUUGCGUGACGACGGCUCCAGACACGCCCUGAGCAAACGUUCGCUGAAGUGUGGCGAGGACCCCAGCGUGUGCUGUAAGAAAGACUUCUACAUCAAGUUCCGUGACAUCCAAUGGCAGGACUGGAUCAUCGCGCCAGAGGGCUACCACAUGAAUUACUGCAUGGGUCAGUGUCCCCAGCACAUCUCCGGCUCACCCGGCAUCGCCUCGUCCUUCCACGCCACCGUCUUCAGCCAGCUGAAGGCCAACGGCAUCCACACGGCAGUCUCGUCCUGCUGCGUGCCCAUCCAGAGACGACCGCUCUCCAUGGUCUACUUCAACUCUCAGCAUAUCAUUGUUAAGACCGAUGUCCCGGACAUGAUCGUAGAGUCCUGCGGGUGCACAUAAAGAACAAUCAUGAGAUCUGUAGUGUGUUGCAAUAAUGUUUUUGUACAAUUGUGAUAAUAUCACUCAUAUUAAAUUUUGCCAUUUCUUCAGAACUCUCUCACAGGUGAUGUCAGAAUUUUGGACCCAGAGUAUUUGUACGUAAAUGACCAUCAUCAGGACUUUUGUAGGCUUCUCAGGUUUUCUUGCUGGUAAAUGUUGAAAUGCUCAGGGAAUUCAAAGCCACUGUAAAAUCCAUAACGUGACACACUGUACUGAAUAAUGUCAUCUGUGCCGAGGCCACUGAUCUGAACUCAGCCGGGUUACCCAACGCCACAGGUAAACAUUUAGUUAUUGCCACACGCCCUGGCAAAGGUCUGCUGGCACAUCAGAAUCACAUCAAUGUUUUAAGCUUAAAGAAAUCAGACCAGACAGAAAAAUGAUAUUUCCUUCCUUAUAGUUCUCAAAGCUUUUUGACUUUUGUUUACGCUAAGCACUUGCAAAUGCAAUACAUGUGAGUAUACUGACUUUUAAAAGCCAUUUAUUCAUUUGAGAGAGAUGACUUUUUUAAUAAUAAAUAAUAUUAAUAAUAAUAACAACUUAUAUUUAUUGAGCAUCUUUCCAUAAGCUCAAGGUGUCUAUACAGGUAAUGUACAAUAAUCUACACUGUACAAGGUACAAAUGUAUUUUUGUAGCAUUUCACCAUGUAGAUUUGGUCUUAUAUUGUUUCUCAUUGUUUUAAGCACUUCCUGUAGGCAUGCCUUUAAUAACCGACAACAGUUUCAAGUUGCUUUAUUUUGCAUGUUUAGGCUUCAUCAUUUUUUCCUGCGUGUUUACACUUUAAGCAUCACAGAACAUUUUUUUCUUGUGCUUUUUUCUUUAUUUUGAAACUUUAAGACUAAAACUUUCUCUUUCCAUCACAUGACAGUCAUUUAUCUGCAUCUGCACUUUACUUGUUUGAUAUUAAAAGUGUCUUUUUUUCAUUUAAUCAAAUCCAUUCUACAUUUUUGUGUGGAUUUGUUUUAUGUAGGUGUUAUACAGUAAUGUUCACAGUGUUAAUACUGCGACGAACAUGAAAGCGUUUCACAGGAGUAUCUGCUCACACUGAGUGUAAUUUCUAUAAUUUUAUACUAAAGAAUUAUUUUCUUACAUGUGCGAUGGCUCAGAAAUCUGUACUGUACUAAACAUUGUAAUUUUGCUGACAAUGUGUAAUUUUCUAAAAAAAAUAAAAUUGAAAAAUAAACGUUU